AUAGAUCCAUGCGGAUAGCAUCCGUCGGAUACCGUAUCAAGCAUGAAUGUUUGUGUAAAUAUGUACGUAAUUAAUUUCAGGUAUUUAGCUCAGGGGUGCAACUUCAAUGUACUUGCAUGGACAUUCAAAAUGGGUGUAUCUACUGUAAAACAAGUUAUUUACGAAACAUGCGACGCUAUUUGGAAUGAGCUUCAUGAUGUAUAUCUAUCUACUCCAAACCGAUCGGAACAAGUAUUAAUAGCGGAAAAAUUUUUUGUAAAAACUGGAAUGCCGAAUUGUUUAGGAGCAAUUGAUGGAAAACAUAUAAAUAUUGUCCGUCCAUCAAACAGUGGCUCCUUAUAUUACAACUAUAAGAAGACUUAUAGCAUUGUACUGCUGGCGGCAUGCGAUGCAAACUAUGUUUUUACUUACGUAGAUGUCGGGGCUUUGGGAAGUCAGAGUGAUGGCGGCGUGCUCGCGCAAAGUGCUUUCGGAAAGAAAUUGUUAAACGGAACUUUAGAAGUGCCUCGUCAAGUUAAUUUGCCGGGAACAUCGUGCAGUUUUCCAUAUUACUUUGUUGGUGAUAGCGCAUUUCCACUUAAGGCCAAUUUAAUGCGACCUUUUCCAGGUAGUAAUUUGCCGGCAGAUAAGGAAAAGUUCAAUAUGGUACUAUCCAAAGCUCGGGUACACAUAGAGAAUUCAUUUGGCAUUCUAUCAAAUCGUUGGCGAAUACUGCAUACAAAUAUAUCAGCUUGCCCAAAGAAUGCAGACAAAAUAGUCUUAGCUACAGUCCUUCUACACAACUUUCUGAUGCUACAAAACGAUCGAAACUACUUCACGCUUGAGUUGGUAGAUCGAAAUGAAAAUAACCAAGAGAUUCAUGGCCAGUGGAGAAAUGAAGUGAAUCCAUUAGAUUCUUGUCGUCAGGGAGCAGUAAACCGUUCUUCUUCAUAUUCCUUUGAAUUACGAAAUAUUCUUAAAGAAUUUAUACGAACAAGUUUUUAAAACAUUAUAGUUUGUUUAUCUCACACAUACCUAAGCUUUUUAGCCUAUAUUAUAUAUAACUCAAAUAAUCGUUCGCAUAGAGUUAAAAUUGUUUGCAAUUUUUCAUAAAAUUAAGCUCAUAAUAUGAUACACCAUAUUUAUCAAAGGUUCAAACUUUAUACAAAAUUUAGAAAGCUACAAUUUUUUUAAUUUCCAAGCUAAAAAAACUGUAAACCCAAAAGCUCUGGAA